CGACUGAUUAGAGUGGAAGGGCCAGCUCCGAGUUCGGAAUGAAAAUUUACAUCUAAUUUCUAGCAUGCUUGAUUGAUGACCCACAUCUAGGUCAAGGUCUAGUUUGAGGAUACUUGGUUUAAACUUCUUGAAAAAAAUGGACGACGAAGAGGAGAUAAACUUGGAAGAUACUUUUGAUAUCACGCACGAGCUUGAAAAUCCCAAUUCACCGUUUGCAAAUAGCGACAGGGAACGGGAAUGUAACGCUGAAGCACCGGGGAUCGGCCCCGACCUUCUUCUGGUGGAUGGGUACAAAUCGGAGACGGAGGAUGAGUCGCUCGGGAUGUCCUCUGACAUUUCUGAUCAAACAAGAACCGAAGAAAGCAGAACGUUUCUUCAGAGUAUUGGAGUCGGUGUUGUGUUUAUUCAGUGUUAUUUUGUGACCAUUGCCUGCAUCUUGGGGACUGGAAUUCUUGGAUUACCGGUGACAUUAUCUCAUUCUGGAUUCCUUCCAUUUCUGAUCUCCUUUCUGAUUGGAUUUGUUGUUCAGGCACUGCUUAUCUACUUUUUCAUUGAUGUUCUACAGAGAGCGCAUGCAUACAACAUUGAAAAACAUAAAUGUCUGAGUUUUGAAGAGCAGCAAGUCCCACUCACUAAUCUGACUGACGAUGAAGAAUCCAUCCAUGGUUCUUCAAAAGCAAGGCAUUCUCACCUUAGUAUAGCCAGGAAAGUGGCCAAACCAAACCUUCAUAUGAUGGGGACAUUGUUUCUUGGACGGGGCCUCAGCCAAGCAUUCGACAUCAUUCUCCUCUUACAGUUUGUUUCAAUCCUAAUCAGCUAUGCACUGGCUGGGAGUGAAGCCUAUGCACAACUCUUUCAUAUUGAAAAAUACCUCUAUAUCAUCCCAGCUUUUGUUUGGAUUCUGUCUGGGAGCAUAGUGUUUGCUCAACGGAUCAUCCAGCCUGUAGUCUCCCUAUUUACACUGGCCAAAGGUGGUCUGCUUGUCGCAACGGUUGUGGUAACAUUUGGUGUUGGCUCGGCAGUAGGCAAUACUAUAAGCAAUGACUUUCACUACAUGGGGUCGCCUUUCCUGAUGGGAACCGUAGCAUUAGGGGGUGUGUGCAAUGUGAUGCCAAUGAUGUACAGCAGAAUAGCAUACUCUAGAAAACAGAUUUCGUCAUUCUGGUGGACAGUGUUUGCUGGUCUUGCCACUUGUAUGAUCCUCAAUGUAUUGUGGUGCUGGGCUGUGUUAGACAUUGUGCCCCAACUCAGUAGCUGUACAACUCAUCUAACAGAAGAAGUCCUUGUUCAUGAUAACACAACCGAGGUCAACAUAUUCACAACGCCAUCUGUUGCACCGUGUGUUGAAGAUUUGUCGCUAGAAAGAUCUGCCAAGCAAGGAGAAAUAUCAACGGUUCCAUUAAUAGAAAUCUUAGAAGACGAUUACCCACAAUACACUUGGGUGGCUGUCCUGGUGGAGCUAUUUAUCAUGAUCAGUAUUACAGUAUCUUACCUUACAAUAGGAUCAGCUUUAUUACAUUCAUUUCUUGGUUGGCUAGAUGCUCACAUGGCGUGGGAUAAAGUUGAUAAAGGAAACACAGUCCCAGCAAAGGUUAAAUAUUGCCCUAAAAGGAUAUGCAGACCUUUGUUCAGUCUUCUUGUCUUUGGUUUAGUGUUUGCCGUUGCCAUGUUAGAUCCAAAGGGUUUUGUAACAAUGCUUGAUAAAAUAGCUUCUCUUCUCCUCAACCUGGAAGCGGGUCUUUUCAUCUUCCUCAUGAUAAGAAGGAGUAAUUCAGCAAAAUACAGGAGUCUGAUAAUACCUUACCCAGUCCAUCGCCUCAUUUAUCCAGCUCAUUACAUCAUCGCUCUCUACUUCCUGUUCGCUGUCGUCUAUGACAUCACAGUGACUGCCAUCGAAUGGUUUACAUGAAAUUCAUCAUUAAGAGUAACUAUUAAAUGUGAAGAGGUAUCUCAUUUAUUAUCACAGUGAUCGCCAUUGAAUUUUCACAUGAAUUUCAUCAUUUCACAAGUUUCAGAUGUGAACAUGUGUCUCAGUAUUAUUGUGACUACCAUCGAAUGGUUCAAAUGAAAUUCAUCACUUUCAAAUGAAAUCAGGUAUCAAUGGUUAUCACAGUGACUGCCAUUGGAUAGUUCAUUGGAAAUUCAUCAUUAAGAGUAACUUUCAGAUGUGAACAGGUGUCCCAUCAGUAAUUGCAGAGACUACUAUUGAAUUAUUUACUCGAAAUUUGUCAGUUAGUCACUUUCAGUUGUGAACAGGUGUUCCUUUGGUUAUUUCAGUGAUUACUAUUGAAUUGCUCACAUGAAUUUCAUCGUUAAGAGUAACUUUCAAUUGCAAACCGGUUUCAUUAGCUGUCCCAGUGACAGUUAUCACAGUUACUACCACUAAAACUUUGGGUAAGCUUUCAAAUUUGAACAGGUUUGUUAUCUGUACCACUUCAGUGAUGGAUAAUGAAUGGUUCUCAUCAAAUAUGCUGUAGGUAAACGUUCAAAUCUUGCAAUAAUUCCUGGAGAAUUGUAUUUUUUAUUUAUUUGAGCAUUUGAACAGGGUUCUCUUGUAUAACAUGCCUGGUGAUACUCACAUUGAAUCAAAGGUUAGUUUUCAGAUAUGAACUGGUGCAUGUUAAUAACAAACAAACCACUGCCAGUCUACAGGGUAAAACAUGUAUGUACAAAUAAUGACCGACCGUUUUUUUCUACUUAAAUCAUGUCAAAUUGUCAGGAUUCUACACUUACAUCAAACAUAGAUCAUGAUAUGAAUUUGAGGUUUUGGUCAAGUGGGCCAUUUAUGUGAUGCAAGUCUUUAACAGUACAUGGUUUGUUCAUAGUAACAGCGAUUAUAGAAUUACAGAUUUCCUAUGUAUUUCAUAUAUUUUUCUUAUAUACCCUGUACAAUUAAGCCUCUUUAGUAACCCUCUGACACAAAAGAGAAGUAGGUAAAAUAAGCAAGCUAUUAAUUUGAACCAAUAAAUAUCAUGAUUAAAAAUCUUAGACGGCUACUACACCUACAUUGCAUCAGGAAUUAAACAGUUUGGGAAUGACCCUUGAAAAGGGCAAGCGUUGUACAUGGUCGAGACAUCAGUACUUUUGGUAUUGAAAGUAUGAAAUGA